AUCUCUUCUUUUUGAAAAACGAAACAGAAGAACAAAAAGGCUUCAUAUUUUUCAUUUUAAUUCCGCUGGAUUGAGACCAUUCAAAAACACCCACAUCCAAAGAAAUGGCAGCGGCGGUAGCUUCCACUUCCAUGGCGGCCGCGGCCGUCUUCAGACCAAGAUUCCCUGUUUGCUCCACCCCAGCUCGCCGCUCCGCCAUGCCUUACUUGCCGCCUCGAUUCUCUAACACGGCCUUUGUCAAACUUGCAGAACCCAAGAGGUCUUCACUGCUCCAGGUCAAAGCCACUUCAUCAGAGGAUACAUCAGUUGAUCCUAAUGAGCUGCUAACUGAUCUAAAAGAAAAGUGGGAUGCUGUUGAAAAUAAAUCUACCGUAAUAGUUUAUGGAGCUGGGGCAAUUGUUGCAGUUUGGCUCUCUGCAACUCUUGUUGGUGCUAUUAACUCAAUUCCUUUGCUCCCAAAAAUCAUGGAAUUGGUGGGGCUUGGAUAUACUGGAUGGUUUGUCUAUCGCUACCUCCUCUUCAAGUCAAGUAGGAAGGAAUUGGCAACAGACAUUGAACAAUUGAAGAAGAAGAUCACUGGAGCUGAAUAGAUGCAUUUGGCUACAUAAAUCCUGGCAUCAGUUCAAAUGGCUUUAUUAUGUUUCUGUAUAAGAGGCACAUACUCAUGUUAUGUAGAGCAGUAGGUUUCCACUGUGUAUUUUUUUCAGCCAUCUCUUCCAAUAAGAUUGCAUAUUCUGGUCAC